AUGCAGAUUUAACGCAUUUUUAUUAUAUGAGUUUGCUACAUUAGUUUCUAGUUUUACAAUUUCUAAAGUACACAGCCAUAGAAUGCCACAAAUACUUAUAUACAACAGUGAAUUUCGCGCGCGUAUACAAUUCAAAGUGGAAAAAUGUUCCGGAUAUUUUCUAAAGACCUGCAAUAUAAUAGCUUGUAAUUACAUCCUGUACAAUGCCGAACAGAAUAUGACAGAGCAGAAAGCGGUUAGUGUGUAACGAGACAUCGCUCUAUAAUAAGCUCUAAUAUUUUCACGUGCAAAUUUACUCAUUACAAUAAUCGUACAUUAAUAUGAAUUUGUGUAACAUCAGUGCUCUUAUCUGGAUAUGGUUGUGUCUUGUGGACGAAUCGAUCGCUAUAAAUAAAAGCAUUGCCGUAUCAAGAGGAUUUUUUAUUUAUAGAACGAUCUCGAUUACUCAACGAUCAUGUAAUUGUCCAAUGUCUUUCUCUUGCACUUGUUGCCAAAGCGUGAUUAUUUUAUAUACUAGAAAAGAGAAAAAUCUGUGUGUAAAUUUCACGUAUCAGAGGAAUGGAUUAAAUGUAGAUGUUGCAUUGAGUUCAGACACAAUCAGUACCAGGACAGUAACAAAUUACAGAGCAUUCCAAUUUUGCGUGUACGUUCCCGGUUGCCUUUUUUCGACGGCAUGUAUCAAUAUCUUGGAACUUAAUCAGUUUCCUAGAUCCAUCACAAUUUGUCUUCGUUUAGAUAUUUAUGCGAAGAAACAACUUUGGCAGAUUAAUUAUGAUUGUCUAAGCGUAUCAACGGAGCUACCUAUGAUGUCGGCAAAUAAUGUGACAGAAGUGUCGAGCGUAGAACCGUCUAUGACAGAAAACGGGCGAAUGGGACAGCCAUUGAUGACAAGAUCAACGACAGAAAUGACAGCAAAUGAUAUGAUAACGCAAACGACAGGAAUAAGUAGCACGGAAAGUAGCGAAAUUACAGAAGCGCCGAGAGGAUCGGCCGAGAUGUUGGAAAUGACUGUUGAUUAAAUAACAAUUAUAAUCGCAAGUAAAAUUAGAUUGUUACAAAAACAAAAAAGUGAUGAAUGUCGAGCAAAAUAAUUAGUUCAAAUAAUGAUAAGAUCAAAAAUAUGACAAAGAAUCGAUGAAGUAUUUGUAUAUGAG